GCUUGGGCGGGGACGAGACGCAACCUAUCAGCAGCCCCCUCCCCCACACGCGUGUUUCCUCUGGGCCCCGCGCCGGCCGGCUCCCAGUAGCGGCGCCGCUCCGCCAGUGGCUGUUCCUGCAACCGGAACCUCCCGGCUCCUUCCGCGCCGCGGCGGCCCGAGGUCCCAAACGAUUUCUCAAUUUGGAACGAAUUAGUCCAAAGGAAGAAAAUUAUUCUUUCUACACUGGCAGAAGAAGCUGCUGCAGUUAAAAGGUCCUAACUAGCCAAGAUGCCGAUCAACGUUAAUGAUGUGAUGCACCUAUUGUGCUGUAUCUCUGAGAAGAGGAAGAUGAAGGCUGCUGUCAGGCAUUCUGGACGAGGAGCACUAGUAGCGGGUGCAGCAGCAUUUGUCGGGGGCUUAAUGGGUGGUCCACCUGGAAUAGCCGUAGGGGGUGCAGUUGGUGGUUUAUUUGGUGCUUGGAUGACUGCUGGACAGUUUAAGCCAAUCCCUCAGAUUAUACUGGAACUGCCUCCUGCUGAGCAACAGAAGCUCUAUGAUGAUGCCUUUGCUAUUAUCAGGAACUUAGACUGGAUUGAUGCUGCACAGUUGAUUGCACUUGUAAUGGGAAAUGCCGCCCUCCAACAGAAGUUGGUAGCAGUGCUAAUAAAUUAUCUUUCACAUGAGCUAAGAGCAGAAAUACGGUAUGGAGAGUAAACCUUUUCAGAGUGUGUUUUUUCACUUUACAGUGAGGGGAAUUUUAUUUUGACAGCUGUGAUCUUUUAACAUAACGAUUACUAGUUAGUGCAGCUAAUUAUAAAGUUAAGUAAAGGCAGUAGGCAGAUAUAAAUAUUUUGGUUUUUAUGAAUCUAGAAUUAAAUUACUGUAUUAUCUCAAACUGAUUUGCUGUGCCAUUUAAGCUACUGUGUAUUGAAAACUGAAAUUAAGAUAAUAAAGCAUUGAAGGAGCUA